GGAGAUGAUACAAAGACGACCAUAAUUGUGUUGAAUUUGAAACCAUGUCGGAACAUCGCAUCCUCCUUGUAAUCUUCCCAGCACAGGGCCAAAUAAACCCCGCUCUUCAGUUCGCCAAGCGAGUCAUUUCCAUGGGUGCACGUGUCACUCUCCCCAUCACUCUCCACCUCCACCGCCGCAUCGCCAACAAAACCUCCAUCCCCGGCCUCUCCCUCGCCCCCUUCUCCGACGGCCACGACGACGGCUUAAACCCCGUGGGUGGCGCCGCCGACUCAGUUUUAACCCUCUACGCCACCCUACUCCAGCAACGCGCCUCUGACUUCAUCUCCCAUCUCAUACUCUCAAGCGCCAAAGAGGGUAACCCCUUCACUUGCUUCCUCUACACCUUGCUCGUCCCCUGGGCCCCACAGCUCGCGCAUCGCUUCAACCUCCCAACCGCCAUGCUCUGGAUCCAACCCGCCACCGUGUUGAACAUCUUCUACCACUACUUCAACGGUUACGCCGAUCAUAUCAACCACAAAAGUAAAAGUAAAACCAACGCCAUACUGCUUCCGGGGUUCUCUUUCUCUCUCUCACCGCGUGACAUACCCCCUUUUUUAUUGCAGCGGGAACCGGGUUUAUCGUCUUUUGUUUUUCCCUUGUUUGAAGAGCAGAUUCACCAGCUAGAGCUAGAACCCAACCCUAUAGUACUCGUGAACACCUUUGAAGAAUUGGAAGAAGAGGCACUGAGGGGCGUUGAUAAGCUCAACAUGAUCCCCAUCGGGCCGUUGAUUCCUUCCGCCUUCUUGGACGGGAAGGACCCUCGUGAUACUUCCUUCGGUGCUGACAUUUUUCCAGUUGCAAGUGAUUACGUAGAGUGGCUUGACUCGAAGCAAGAGAAUUCGGUGGUGUACGUGUCGUUUGGAAGCUACUGGGAGUUAUCUAAGAGACAAAUGGAGGAGAUUGCAGUUGCGUUGUUAGGUUGUGGACACCCGUUUUUGUGGGUGAUUAGAAAAAAAGUAGUAGAUGGAAAGGAAGAGGAAGUGGAGUUAAGUUGUGGAGAGGAGUUGGAAGUGAGGGGGAAGAUAGUGACGUGGUGUUCUCAGGUGGAGGUUCUGUCGCAUGUUUCUGUGGGUUGUUUUGUGACGCACUGUGGUUGGAACUCGACCAUGGAGGGGCUUGUUAGUGGGGUUCCAAUGGUGGCGUUUCCUCAGUGGUCGGAUCAGAUGACUAAUGCGAAGAUGAUAGAGGAUGUGUGGAAGGUAGGGGUGAGGGUGGAUCAUCAAGUGAAUGAAGAUGAUGGGUUUGUGGAAGGAAAGGAGAUUAAGAGAUGUUUGGAUGUGGUGAUGGGGAGUGGAGACAAGGGAAAUGAGUUCAGAAACAAUGCAAAGAAAUGGAAGGCUUUGGCUAGGGAUGCUGCCAAGGAAGGUGGCUCUUCGGAGAGGAAUCUAAAGACGUUUCUAGAUGGCGUUGCAGCAGCAGAAUGAAGAAUGCAGAAUGCGUACGUGUUUGCCAAAUAAUUGAGUUUUUGGACUCUUCUGCUCUUUGCUUUGCCCACAACAUCUUCAUCACACUUGACCUCAAGGAAAGGGCUAUAGCCUGUAGAGCAUUAUCUAUGUCUGUAAACUUUUCGCACAUGUGUGGAAGUGACGAUAUAAGUACUUUUGGUUUUUAAUCAUGUAUUAACUCUUGUUAUUACGUAAAGUUGGAAUAAUGUAUAAUAUUUGAUGAUUAAGAUUGAGAAAAA